ACAUACUCAGAUAAUAACAAUUACGCUUUAAAACUAAAACGCAGGAGGAAAUUAAUUGAUGGUAAAUGGCACUAUCAGUUUAAAGCUGAAAUUAUUGGUAGCAUACCCCUCACAGCAAGAUUUAGAUCUAUGGCAGAUUUUACUUCAAACCUACCUGAACCAACAUUUUUAGAUAGUCUCAAUGAAAAGAUCUUCUCGGAUAAUAUCAAUGAGAGCAUAACCGCACUCAGAAACAUUCAACUACCGAAGAAGGCAGACCAUUUGCAGUUUAUUGAAAACCGUGUUAAGGAUAACCGUUUGAGGAAAACGCGUGGUGAAAGUAUAGAAGGGUUACAUAACCAGCCGAUUGGUUUAAUACAACCACCAGUCUUUUACAGGACCCAAGUAUUUAAUAAUUACCUCUAUCAAAACAAACUGAAUCCUGAUGAAUCUAUUGGUGUCAAUAAAGCCACUGGGCAGCCGUAUAAGCGUCUUGUUAGUAGAAAUCGCGCCAAAGUCGAUAGUGGCUUCUCAAUCGCCUGGGAUCACUAUCCAGUGCCAACAUCUACUACAAAGGAAGCUAGCGAUUUCAUAAAACAUUUCCCUAGAAAGGAUUUACUUGAGAGAUUGGAGAGUUUAUUCAAUGGGAGACCUUGCUGGACGAGGGCUGCUCUUAUGAAUCAAUUCACACCACAGGAGGCAAGAUUCUUGCUUAACCAAAAGCUUAGCGUUACAGUAUUUUCAUACACAUUUCACUCUGGACCAUUCGCAGAUACAUUAUGUCGUAUAGGUUGGGAUCCUCGGUUAGAUAGUGGAAAUCGCAUUUAUCAGCGUAUCCAAACUCGUAUAUUGGGUAUAAAUGAGCGUAGACAUAGAGGAUUGGGAGGUCGUGCGAGUGGUGUCAAUGCCGCUGCAAGAGCAAGUACGGCAACUCCUUCUACCCCAGCACCAAGAGCAAAUAGUAUAACGAGGUAUUUCACACCUGUUAAUACAACUGGUAAUGCGCCAACAACACCAGAACAUAAUCCUAUGGAACUGAACUCAGAAAGUCACAUAUUUGACGGAAAGCACACACCAGAAGCAACGAACUUCCAGAUUUGUGAUAUUCACGAUGAAGAUUGUAAGAAGCUAAUAGCUGAUGAACAGGGACACAACCAGACGUUUGAUUAUGUAACCGGCUUUUUCACAACGGAGCAGAUAACAAGAAUAAGAGGCGUCCUUAAGCGUAAAAUAAUAGUUCUUAAAGAGGAGAAUAGACAGUUGACGGAAGAAGAGCUUGCACAAUUGCUUAUUCCGGGAGCGAUGCAGAAUGACUCUGAUGAAGAGACUACCCAACAGACGCCAUUAGCGUCUAAAAGCACACGCCAGAAAGCGCGUAAUCUUAGAGAAACUAUUUUAUCUAAUAAAAAGUAAUUUAUUUUGUA